AUGGAUGAUCGACAAGACAUUUUCGAGACCUAUCUAGAUGCAACGGAGUCCUCCGAUGUGAUUAAUGAAAUAGUACAAAAGUCGGAUGGUUACACAUUCAGUGAGAUUGAAAAAUUGGCGACCAGUAUCAAUGUGGAAUGUGCUAUUCGAGGUACUCGAUACGUCAAGUCUUCUGAUGUGGAGAAAGCUUUCGAAUGUUUUGUGGCUGGAAAAAUAGGAAAAAUCGAAGAUGAUCAAGUACUCCCAACAUUAGAAGAUGUCGGUGGAAUGUUUGAGCAAAAGAGACUACUGGAACGCGUUAUCGUAUGGCCUAAAAAGUAUCCCCAACUAUUCGAAUCGGUGGGUGUCCCAGUUAGUAAGGGUAUUUUACUUCACGGACCCAGUGGAUGUGGAAAGACUCUCCUGGCCAAUGCAACAAUUUCUAAUUCGAAAUUCAGCGUGGUCAAUGUGAAAGGUCCAGAGCUUCUUUCAAAGUAUAUUGGAGCCAGUGAAGAGAACGUGCGAUUGGUGUUUGAAAAAGCUCGGUCGUGUGCUCCUUGCAUUCUUUUCUUCGAUGAGCUUGAUUCCUUGGCACCAAAGCGAGGACAUGAUUCAACUGGGGUUACGGAUAGAGUGGUUAAUCAGUUGCUCACAGAGUUGGAUGGAGCAGAAGGUGGAAUGAAAGGUGUGAUUAUUCUUGGAUGUACCAGCCGAAUUGAUCUUAUUGAUGAUGCCCUACUGAGACCUGGACGAUUCGAUCAUCAUGUGUAUUGUGGUCAUCCUGGAGAGGAUGAACGCGUAGAAAUUAUGAAUGUGCUUACAAGGAAGCUCCGCACUAUUGGAAUUGAUUUUGAAAAGUUAUCCAAGAAAACCGAUGGUUGGAGUGGUGCAGAUUUGCAAUUACUGUUUACAAAUGCACAGUUCCAUAAUGCUCGACAAAUUAGUCAAGAGGAAGACGGCCUGGAAGAAGAUGACGUGGCAAUCGACUCCGCCGCAAUCGAAGCAGUUUUCCAAGAUUCCAUUCCAAAGCCCAAACGAUCCGAGGUGGAUACAAGGAUUGGUCAGAAAGUGACGUUGGCUUGA